AUGACUGAUGAUUCCGAAGAAUCUCCAUCUACUCAACGUCGACCUUCGAGUGUCCCACCACUUUCCUCACUUGCUGAAGAAGAAUCCACUCCAACAAUCGCAGCACUUCUCAAUGCGAUCCCAGUGUUAGAACCAGUAACUGCAUCUGCAACCGAUACCCCGUCGACGAGAAGCCGGCGUCGCAGUAGUGUAUCAAUACUUCAUACACUUGUGACAUCAAGUAUAUUACUUCCAACACACGAUGCGCGAAAACGAAACUUUCUCGUUGGGUCGUCAAGACAAAUGCCAGACAAUGCUGCCAAUGAUUUAUCGGCUUGUUUUCCAAAUGGAAGAUUAUUGACCGUGAUGAUGGCCACAUGGAAUACAGGUGAAGCUUCAAACUUAUAUGAACAAAAUUAUACACCAGCAGCGAAACAGCAAACGGAAAUGAGAGAGCGUAUGUUGGAAGAUUUACAGGAUAUUUUGUUACCAACAUUCGUUGAUUAUGUUUCGGAUGUCAUUAUUAUGUGUACACAAGAGGUGUCUGUUGCAAAGAAGCCAAUUGAUUGGGAAGUGUUACUUCAAGAAGUCAUCGGUCCAACUCACGUACUGUUCCAUUCCGUUCAUUUCGGUACUCUAUCUUUGUGUAUUUUCUUACGAAGGGAUCUGAUUUGGUACUGUACCGAACCCGAGGAUGAUAUUGUAAAGUUCCGAGCCGUAGGACCGAUGCGCACUAAAGCUUCGUUAGCUGUGACCUUCAAUCUAUUUGGCACCUCAUUUAUGAUUAUUAAUUCCCAUUUCGAAGCCGGUGAAAAUGUUGAAGGUCGAGCGAAUCGAAAAUUAAAUUUUCAGAAUACAAAAACAAAAAUAACUAUUCCACAUGAAUUUCUCCAACGAACUGGAAUAUUAAACAAACAUCCACUGACUAUCAGUCGCGUCGAUAGUCUGAAACGCGCUGAAUCAAGUUCAUCGUUAGAUUCCGGCUUAUCGCCAAGCGCAGAUAUGACCAAAGCAUGUGAUUUCGUAUUCUGGGCCGGUGAUUUGAAUUUUCGUGUUAAUAUGCCGCAUAAAGACGCUGUGGAACUUUGUAAAGAGAAGAAAUAUGAUGCGCUCUUACUUCACGAUGAAUUUCUCGAUGCUGACCAGAACCAUAGCAAUGCAUUCAAUGACUUUCAAGAAGCGAAAAUCGAGUUCGCUCCAACAUAUAAAUAUGAUUUACGUUCUGGCAAUGAUAGUUAUGCGAAGAAUCGAACACCAUCAUAUACGGAUCGUAUUUUAUAUCGUGUGAAACCAACAUCCCAAAUCGAGUGCACGGAAUAUCGAUCCGUUGAAAAUGUCAGACAUUCGGAUCACAAACCUGUCGUUGCUCACUUUCGCGUGAAACUAAAGCCUGGCCUCCAUACUGGAAAUCUUUCCUACGGAAAAUUUAAUCAUGAGGUGUAUCGACGUGGUUGUGAACAACGCGCACGACAUCAUACAUUAGGUGUCGGCGUGCGAGGUAACGCCAAACGUCGUACAGGUGCAGCUCGAAGUUCUGUUUGCGUUGUUCAAUGA